AUGUCACGGGAUAAUUCCUUCAUAGCCGUCGGAUACGGGUCCUUUGUCCAGGUCUUCUGCUUUCAACGGAGCGAGAUUGCUUGGACGACCGAGCUGAACAUCAAGGAGUUCCGGUCCGCAGAAGAAGUCCGCUUUCAGAACAUCAGCUUUUCUCCCGACGGCAAGUUCUUAGCUGUAGUAACACAAAAGUACGACAAACUAAAGGGUAGAGAGGAUGACGGGGUCUGGACCAGGGUUUGGAUGGUGAGAGAGGUAUCCACGGAGGGCACGUUGUACGGCUUCUGCUUCAUGCCUACAGACCAUCUAGGCGUUACCGCCGCCUUCUUCGAUCCUCAAGUGAACAAGGUCUUCGUCACCGGCUUUAUUGAUACUCCUUAUCCGCUCUUCCACAGUGCCUCCCAGGACUCGAUCCAAAGGUGGGGCCUGCGCGAGACGGAACCGUUCAGGCCAGAGCUGCUGCCAACCUCGGCCUCAAAUCCUGUCAGCUACAAGGUUAGAUGCGCGGCACAGUCUCCUCAUCCAAGUCAUGCUUGCUUCUUGACGGCGACAAACAAGCUCUACCGUGUUAAUAUGAAGACCGAAUCGGUGGAAAUGUGUUGCGACCUCGGAAACCAACGCGCACGUCUGGGCCCGCGAGAGGAGGCCGCGGCGCUUGGAAUGUCCCUUCAAGGAUCCAUCUACGUGGCCUGGAGAGAAGCAGCAAAACUUUAUCUGAUCGAAAUCGACAGCACUGGAAGGCUCGCUAAAAAGGAAGAUCUAUGCGAGCUGUAUGAAAUGGCCGUUGAAAGAGUGUAG